AUGGAGGGGCUUAAUGUUAUCGAUCUCGGAUGUGGGUACGGCUGGUUCUGCCGCGAUGCACGGCAGAAAGGAGCAAAACACGUACUCGGCCUGGAUAUUUCUGAGAGAAUGUUAAACAAAGCCAGAGAGAUGACAUCGGAUCACGCGAUUAUUUAUCGCCAGGAGGACUUAGAGCAACUCAAACUCCCUGAAGACACCUAUCAUUUGGCCUACAGUUCACUGGCAUUGCAUUAUAUUGAGGACUUGUCCACAUUACUGAAAACGAUUUAUCAGUCGUUAACAUCGGGUGGCUACGUUGUUUUUUCAGUAGAGCAUCCGAUUUAUACGGCCCCCAAACACCCCGGCUGGUUAAUCGACAAAGAGGGGCAAAAGUCAUGGCCAGUGAACAGUUAUCAGACAGAAGGACGCCGUGUAACCAAUUGGUUGGCUGAAGGUGUUAUUAAGCAACAUCGUAUGAUUGGAACUUACCUUAACAUGCUCAUCGAGCAAGGAUUUAUUGUCACACAUGUUGAAGAAUGGGGCCCCACGCCACAACAGAUUAUUGAAAACCCAUCGUUGAAUGAGGAGAAAGAACGACCGAUGUUAUUCCUAGUUUCAGCGCAAAAACCUGCUAAUAAAUGA